AAAACCUAAAGCGUGUGUGUAACGUAAAAAUAAUAAAGUGUCAAAAUUGGUUGGUUAAAGUUUUCGGGUGGCGAUUCUGAAGAACGUGCAAAUUCGAUGCGAUUUUGAUUUUCUCUCGUGUGAAAAGUGCAUGUGUUGAUUCACUUGAAAGCGAAGUGCCGAUGCGAUUGACAGCUAAAGGUCACACGUCCAUCUCGUUUGGAUAGCGGACAGACAAUGACGAAAUAAUUCGUAAUUCGAACACGACGGUAUGGGCAACAGUCUCAGUAGCGCCAACAGCCGGAAAUGGCAGAAACGGAAACGACAGCCUCCUUCUCAAACAGAAUCAUCCAGGGUGCUGUUUCUGCUGUACCUAAUACACAGAACUUGGAAUGUGCUGGUAGAGCAUGUUGACUCUAAAAGUGCAAGAUGGCGUGGCUCCCACACAGUGCCAAGUGCUGGUGGCGAUCUGGCCAGGGGGUUUGACUCCGUGAGUCUGGCUGACUCCGAUCCUGGAUCCUGUUACUCGGCUUGCUGCUGCAGCUACUGCCGGUUAAGGGAAUGCGCUCAGGAUAACACUAGGUACUAUUGGAACAUUGAAAUAAUACCAAACCACUAG